AUGUUGAGCCCUCAAUACCGCGGGAUGGUUCCGGUCAUCGGUAAGAGUAUCAACGCCAAGCCGGCCACCUCACCACUCGCAAACUAUGGACGCUUCGGCACCCACGGCGGACGACACGGAGGGAGGCCGGGUCCAGUCCCUGAUCCCUGGCGGCCGACGCUGCUUUCCGACAACGACUACCCUCGACCCUUUCCUUGCAUGUCACGUACCGUCCGUUGGGUCGCCCAGAUGCAUGCAAAGGACACCACGGCUCUGCGACUCAGAUACACCCUGGACGUGGUGUAUCUGCUUAGUGUGCCUGGAUGGCGAAGCCAAUCACUCAUCUCCACCCCCAAAGAUCCUAGGUCCGCCUAG